GCAGGGCGCUGCGGAGACGGGGGCGGGGCAGCCACCGAGCGGGAGAUUUGAGCGGCUCCGGGAUGGUGGAAGGUCCCGGCUGCGCCCUGCACGGGGAGAGGCUCCGGGCCCGGGUGCGCCGGGGCCAGGCAGUGCGGAGUGUGCGGGGCAGCGCGCUGCUGCCAGCCCGACCUGGGGCUCCGGGGCCCGCCGCCUGCACCGGGGUGAGCAGCGACUGCGGCGGGAGCAGCUCGGGCGGCGUGCGCCGGACGAAUGCUGUGACUGGGAAUAAAACCUCCUGUCAGGAUUUCCUGAGAUUGCUGAAAGGAUGUGUGUACACUGGUGUAGAAACUUUGGGGAAGGAGCUUUUUAUGUAUUUUGGACAGAAAGCGUUGAGGGUUCACUUUGGCAUGAACGGUUCCAUGUGUAUUAAUCCAACUGCAAGCGAAGACCGAAAUGGAGCACCACCAAUUCUGGAAAUACACCUUACUGAUGAUAUGGUUUGUUUCUUUGAUGCAACAGUAGAGCUUAGGAAUGCUGCUGAAAGUGAGCAGAAAGUAAGAAUGAUGGAAGACUUAGAUGUAUGCUCUCCAAAAUUUAGUUUCAUAAGAGCAGAAAGUGAGAUUAAGCAGCAGAAAGGUCGCAUGUUAUGUGAUGUAUUGUUGGAUCAGGCAGUGUUACCUGGAGUGGGAAAUAUCAUAAAAAAUGAAGCACUCUUUGACAGUGGUCUCCAUCCAGCUGCUAAAGCUUGUCAAUUGACAGAUGAACAGACACGUCACUUGGUGAAAAUGACCCGUGAUUUUACUCUUCUCUUUUAUAAGUGCCGCAAAACAGGAUCAGCACUCUACAAACAUUACAAGGUGUACAAACGCCCUAACUGUGGUCAGUGCAGUGGAAAGAUCACGGUUUGUCGUUUAGGAGAGAAUAACAGGAUGACGUACUUCUGUCCUCAGUGUCAAAAGGAUAAACCUCAGCUUGUUGAUGUUAGCAAACUGCCAACUAGAAAUAGCCUAAUUGGCUGGGCAUAUGGCAGGGGGUCAUGUUCUAAUGAACAUGUAGCUAAGAAAUCUGAAGAAGAGUGGACAUGUACUAUCUGCACUCUAAUAAACAAACCUUCUGCUAAGAUCUGUGAAGUUUGUUUGACUUCAAGGCCUGAAGUUUCAAAGGUAGAGAAUGAUGAAGAUUCUACAGCCUCUAAUAGCAGCUUAGUCAAGUACCCUUGUAACUUCUUUGGAAAGCCAAACACAGAAAUAAAGGUCAAUAGGAAAACCACAUUUGGAAUGACAACUCUAGUUUUGACAGAUCUCAGCAGUAAAUUCACUCCCUUAAAAAAUAACAGAAGUGAUAGCCAAACGCCAGAUGGGAAUUCUCACUGUGACUCUCCAAGAAACUACAGCUAUUGCCAGAAUAACACCCAUCAGAGGAGUGGAAAAAAGUAUGAAUUUAAUUCAGCAAACUCACUCACUGCGGUAAAUACAGCAUCACCCUCCCACCAUCAGGCUUAUUCUUCUAAUCCAGUGCAGAAGAAACAGAAGAUUGAUCAUUCAUUCUCAGAUUUCAAAAGUAACAUGAGUUUGUCAAAUAGGAGUUAUUUUGUAACCUGUCAUUACAGUGAGCAUCGAGUUAACAUGACAGAUGGUAUUUGUACCUUAAAUGCGGUCAGUCCUCGCUGCAGUAAACACAACCGCCUCUGCAGUCUCAGAGUUGUGAGAAAGGAGGGAGAAAACAAGGGCAGACAAUUUUAUACUUGUUCUCUACCCAGAGGGACUCAGUGUGACUAUUUUGAAUGGGCAGACUUACAGUUUCCAUUCUGCAAUCAUGGGAAACGCUGCAUUAUGAGGACAGUGUUGAAGAUUGGGCCUAAUAAUGGAAAGAAUUUUUUUGUGUGUCCUUUUGGGAAGGAUAAACAGUGUGAUUUCUUCAAGUGGGCAGAAAAUGGACCAGGAAUGAAGAUUAUUCCAGGAUGUUGAGAUUUUCAUCUAUGGUGACAUUGGACUUUUCAUACUAUGUGUAC